CCUGGGCAGAAGGGUUAGCCCUGCAGGUCGUUCCCUUCAUCCUCACUGGCCAGCGCGGGGAGGUGUGGCCAGGAGGAGCCCAGGUUUGUCCAGCCCGGGGCCAGCCUGGCCCCAGAGUGACCACUUCCGACCUCCACUUUCCUCACGCCCGCAGUGAGAGACACCAGAUGAGAGGCAUGAAAAGGGGUGAAAAGCACAAAUGUGUGUCUCUUUCCGCAGAGGAGGGGUAUGGGCCCCCUGCCCAGCUGUGCAGGGGAGGGUGGGGUGGGACUUUUCCAGAGAGGGAGCCAGGCCUGGCCUGGGCCCCAGGAGCUCACGUCACCCCCACCCCUCACUUCUCCAGGGAACUGCCAGAGCCAAACCCGGCCCAGGACAGGAUUAUGUGUACUGGGUAGACCCGCAGAGAGAGGCAGCGAGGAGAGACCUGGGGUGGCAGAGGGCGGCAGAGGCAGAGAGAGAGUGGAGAGGGGACCGGGCAUCAGAGAAGGUACAGACAGUGACCAUUACCCUCCUCCCCUCCCUUGAACCACAAGUAAGAGAGUCAGGCAGAGGGCCGAAGGUGGAACAUGGGCCCUUCUCCGGAGACUCUGGCUUCCCCACCCCUGUCAGGGCAGAGCUGCUGACCUCAGUGGCCAGCCCAGCCUGGGCAAGGAGUGGCCACUAGCAGCCCCCUCCCCAACCCCAAGCAGCCAAAGUGACAUGCCCAUUCUGGCUCAGCCUCUCUGAUCCCUCCCUUAAGUUCCCAAGCCCUGGGGUCUCAGGGUAGGAGUGGGGCUGAAUGUCGCUACCCCCAAGCACAUUCCUACCCUUUGCUCUGUCAUUUUCCGCCCCUGAGCUGGCCCACCUCGGCAAUACGGCUCCUUGGAUUCCUCUCCUGGGUGCCUUUCAGAUCCAACAGAAACUUCUUUUUUUCCUGGAAAGCAGAAGUAAGAGGAGGAUGAGGAGUGGGGGUGGGAAGGGCUCAAAGGGAGAAGGAAGGGGCUGGAGGUGGGUGGGCAGGUGGAGAGAGUCAGGCUUUGAGGCCAGGGUAGGGUUGCAAGACACGCUCCCCCAGUGUUCAAAGCUAGACUUCAGGAUGGACUGGCUGGCUCUCCGGAAUGAGAGGCCUGUGUUGGGGAGCAAGGGCGGCUCCUCUCCUUCCCACAUUCCCCCAGCCCUUAUAGCUGCGCAGGAAACAAGCCCUCAUUGA